AUGGCGGAGCUCCUGCCCCCUAGUGGGUGGAGGCCAGAGAUGCGGCUACCAUCUGACCCUGCAGAGAGCAGUCCCCCAGCGUCAGUGGCAGCCAGCCUGCUGGCCUGUGGGUCCCGCCAGGCCUCCGGGCAGCUCUUCAUCAGCCCAGACUCUCUCACUGCCGUUGAGAGACACAGGAAUGUCCUGGCCCUGGAGAACGUGCCCGAGGGUGUUCAGGAAUACAGCUGGUACCGGGGCGCAGAGGACAGCGCGGACACCAUGAUCAUCAGCUUCAGGCCCCCCGAUUCCAAGGUCCCUGGGCCCUUGUACAGCAACCUGGUGACGGUGACCAGCAAAGGCUACCUGUCCUUCAGGAUGUGCACCUUAAAUGACACGGGGAACUACACGGUUCGGGUGGACACUGGCAACGGUACCCAAAGAGCCACUGGCUGGCUGGAGGUCCUAGAGUUGGGGCCCCCACCGGUCAUCUCGGCCAACGCCAGCUCCGUGGUGGAGAACUUGGAUUCCGUGGCGGCCGAAUGCCACACCAACGCCUCCCACAUCGAGUGGUACCGGAACAGCGUGCCCAUCUCGGCCAGUCAGCGCAUAGCAAUAUCUGCAGACGGCAGGACGCUGGUCAUCCGCAGGGUCAGCCGCCAUGACAGGACUCUUCAGUGCGUCAUACAGAGAUACGAGAGCUUCCCAGACAUUCUUCAGAAAAGUGACACCAUCUCUCUGACUGUGGCCUAUGGGCCUGACUACGUGAGCCUGUCCACCAACCUCGAGGGCUUCGACGGCGCCCUGACGGCUGGCAUCGGCUCCCAGGUGCAGCUGGAGUGCUCUUGUGAUUCCGACCCAAGUCCCAAGUACCACUGGCUCCACAACGGCUCCCUGCUGAGCUCGGAUGCAAACUUGAACUUCUCCCUCGUGGCCUGGGAGCAGAUGGGCAAUUACCGAUGCAUCGGAGAGAACCUGGUGACCCAGCUGGCCUUCUACGGGGAUGUCAGGAUCCAGCCUCCCCGUGAGUGCCACAGCCCCUCCCAG